AUGAAGAAGAAUAAUGUUUCUUGUAUGGCUAAAGUGAAGGAUGACAUUUCGUGUCCGUUUAGUGCUCAGUUUUUUGACUUCUGUGAUCCUGAAUUAUUUUCGGAAGCUCUUCAGAAUUCUGAGGUUACUUCCUCUUCAAACUGUUGUUAUGAAGAAAACUCAUCUUAUACCAAAAAUCCCACCUCCUUGCCCACAGAUGUCGACAAGUUUAAUAACAGCUACCAGGACAACACCAAUGCUAAUACUAACACAACCACGCCGGCCACCACCGCGACGAGCACCACCACUAACAACACCACCAACAACAACAGCAGCAACAAUCUCUCAAUAAUCUUUGACUCUCAAGAUGAAAUUGACAAUGACAUCUCAGCCUCCAUAGACUUCUCCCCAUCUCCUUCCUUUUCUGUCAAUCCAUUUUUCUCUACAGAACUAUAUCAAUUCGACUUCUCUUCGAUGCAGCCUCAUCAAAUCCCAAUGUCCAAUGUAAACGUAGAUGGACUUUCAUCACAGUACCCUGUCGAACCCGUCGCGCCAAGUCUUUUGGGGCCUCAUCAUCAGCCAUUGCCAUCAGUUUUUGAAGAAGAUUGCCUUUCCUCCGUACCUUCUUAUGUCCCUUUGAACCCUUCUUCUCCUUCCUGCUCUUUUCUCGGCGCUGCUGCAAUGACAACAUACAUGCCUACUGGAACGAUGAGCGCCGCAUUAUCCACCGAUAGCGGUGGGAUUUUUUCCGGCGGCAUUCUUCGAGGUUCCGACUUGCAACUUCAGGAAUUAGACUAUCAGGGUGAUAACGGCGGAAUUUACUGUCCCGAUUCUCUGCAGCGCGUUUUUAACCCUGGAGAUUUACAGAAGGCUUUAAGUGGAGACAGUCAACAACGGGUGGGAGGGGCGAGCAGUUCGACUGCUGUAGCAUCGGAGCUAUCAAGUUUGGAGGAUUCAACAUUUAAAGUAGGCAAGUUAUCAGUUGAGCAGAGGAAGGAGAAGAUCCAUAGGUACAUGAAGAAAAGAAAUGAGAGGAAUUUCACCAAGAAAAUCAAGUAUGCCUGCCGGAAAACGUUGGCCGACAGCCGGCCUAGAGUCAGAGGAAGGUUUGCAAAAAACGAUGACUUUGGAGAGACGCACAGAACAAGUUGUAGCAAUCCUGAAGAAGAAGAUGAAAACGAAGUGAGGGUUAUUAAAGUAGAAGAUGAUAUGAACGAUUCCUCUUCAGAUAUCCUUGGACACAUCACUGGCGUAAACUCUUUCAAAUUCAACAAUUAUUCAAUCCAAUCCUGGAUUUGAUGAUGACGAUGAUGAAUAGCUAGUUUAUUGGCAACAUCAACAAUGAACAUAUAUCUCUACAAUUUUGGAACAGGACCCUAUUUCAGCCAGGAUUAUCUCCAGCUGGGUUUAAUAAACACAGAAAGUAAAUAACAGGGGGUCUUUAUAUUAUUAUGAAUAACUGAGUCGGGAGGGUUAUAUACAAAUUAAUUGAAUAACCAGCAUAAUUUUUGGUAGAUAUUUUUCCAUCUUUUAUGAUCGAAUUCUAAGUCCAUGUCUGUACAAGCAGCAGCAGUAAUAUCGAACUGGCUUAAAUGCUUGUUGCAGAAAUUUAUGUAUAGUUGUUCCCCAAAAAUUGUAAUUAAGAUGUUUACGUACUUACGUUGUAGCUUUUAUUAAUUUUCUGAGUCCAGAACCAGAGACGAUUAUCAUUAUCAUUAAUCAUUAUUAAGAUGGCACACUUCA